UGUUUGAUUAUCAUAUUACUGUUUCGUGAAUUUUUAAGCAGUCUAUUAACAUGGAUGGAAAUAUUACCAGCAUGGCAAGGUUCGCUAAUUUUUCUGUUAUUAGUCACUACGGUAUCUUUUCCUAUGACAUGGGGCUUAAUUGUAUUAAAUUUAGCCGCUGGCUUUAUCUACGGCUGGCUCUUAGGUUUUGUAAUUAUUUUCAUCUCUUCGGUUUUUGGCGUUAUAGUCUCUGUCGUCAUAUGCAGACGAUUUUGUAAAAACUACUUUAGGCGUCAAAUGGCGACUGAUGGAAGUUAUAUUAGAGCUUUAAUUAGUCUAGUUGAAGGGCCAAAAGGAUAUCGUGUAAUAGCGUUGUCUCGUUUAACGCCUAUGCCUUAUGGAUUUCAAAAUGGUUUAUUUGCUAUAACAGAUGCUGGUAUAACAAGAAUUGCAUUAGCGACAAUGACUGGAAAUCUGCCAUUAAUACUUAUUAAUGCAUACAUUGGAUCUAAAUUACGCAGCAUGGAAGAUGUCACUGAUAGCAAUCGUAUCGAUAGCUAUCUCAUUGUUGGCCUUCAAAUUCUUGUUAGUAUUGGAUUAAUGGCUUAUGUCAUUAAAAGAUCUAGAUUAGAACUUAAGAAAGCUCUU